AUGAUUACAAGAAAAUUUUUUCGAACUACACGUUUUCCACGCUUUUAUAGCCAAUUUGCCCUUUCCACCCGCCCGAGUGUUAUUCGCUCUCCUGCUCCCAUUAGCCGCCCUCCACGUCUCGCGAAGCCCGCGUAUAUACCACCACAUUUCGGGAAUACUAUUACCACAUUCUCAACAACAAUGGUCCCCUCGAAACGUGAUCCCACGAUGGAUGCUGGUCGGAAUGCGGCGGACCGGCUCGAGGCGCUCCUUGACAAGGACGGAUUCAAAAAAUGGGGCUUUGUGAUCUAUCGAUGUACGUACCAAAAUAAUUCCGACUGGGAGAAUUUCAUAGCUCGCUUCCUGAGCGCGGUCCCAGAUUACCUUGAGUUUUAUAGUGGCCUUGAUCUCCUCGACACAUUUACCCCAACGGUCUUGGAAGACCCCUCCUUCGAGGGAGCGACAGUUGCUACUCUACGCGAGCACUUCAACCAGUGGGCUAAGACUUCAUUGAAAGAGGAACAGGGUGUUGCUGAAGACUACCAUGCAUGUACUGGCCGCUACCGGUUUUUCAUCAUGGUGGACCAGGAAGCUAUGGAAUCGGUUUUGAGCGCCCCCGAGGAUGAUGAGAUAGGAUUUGUUCGCGUGGUUUAUGCUGAAUGGGAACCAGACGUACUUGAUGAAGAGGAUAUUGCGAAUGGCGAUGUGUCUGAGCCAGAGGAGCCCCUUGACGGGUGUACCCAGAACGAUGUGGGUUGGAUGAAAAUGUGCUGGCGUUGGGUAGAGCUGCCAGGAUUUCACAAGAUGCGGGAGUGGGAUGACUGGGAAGCGUAUUAUGUUCGGCCCCCAGAGAUUGGAGACAUUCCCUGA